AUGACGCUAAAGAAAUCCGGCGUCCGGAUUGGACAAGGUCUAAAAUAUGGAUCUGCAUAUCGUCCCAAGAAGUCGAAGUCAUUCAAGGUCACCGACGACUUCUUUAACUUAAUCCCAGAAGAAUCACCGCUGAAGGGCCGCCAUUUCAACACAUGCGCAGUCGUGGGCAACUCUGGGAUUGUGUUGAACAGUUCCUGUGGUCAAGAAAUUGACUCCAUGGACUUCGUCAUUCGGUGUAACCUGCCUCAGAUCGAAGGUUACGAGAAAGAUGUCGGCUCCAAGGCGAACCUGACUACAAUGAACCCAUCGGUGGUCAAGAAUAACUUCGGACAGUGGAACAACAAAACACACACAGAUUACGAUCGGUUGUUAGAACGUCUGAAACAGGUUGGCGACCAGAUCCUGUAUGUACCUGUUUUAACGUCCGCCUUUGGAGAGAAGUACGCGAGGGUCAUCAUUCAGAUUAUUCUCCAACACAAUCUGUCCAUGAAGACUGCUUUUCCCCCAGCGGGAAUCAACAAACUCAUGAACAAAAUUUGGACAGAGGCUGGGUAUAAGAUCGUUGCGCUCCGUCCGUCCACGGGAGCUCACAUGUACACCCUGGCUGUCACCAUCUGCGACCAGAUCCACAUGUACGGCUUCUAUCCGUUCAGCGAGGACACACGAGGCAGGGCACUGCGGCACCACUACUACGACACCAAGGAGAUGAUCAGCCAUACUGCCAAUAGGACUCAUAACAUGCCAGAGGAAUUUAGGGCAUUUCAGAAGCUCCACAUGCGGGGUGCAUUGGUACUGCAUACAGAACCUUGCUAUUGA